AUGCAUACGAAGGCUUCUUUGGUCUUGGAGGAUGCUGUUAGAAAUAUUUAUACUGUUGCUGCAUUUUGUGCUGGAAACAAGGUGAUGAAGCUUUUCAGAGUUCAACUUUGGAGAAUAUUCAAGAAAAGCUUUCUCCAAGGAAUGGCUAUUGGUUUUGCAUUUGGCUUUUCUCAGUUCCUUCUUUUUGCCUGCAAUGCUCUUCUUCUUUGGUACGCUUCUCUUUCUGUGAAGAACGGGUACAUGACUUUGGCCACAACACUAAAAGAGUACAUGGUUUUCUCUUUUGCAACAUUUGCAUUGGUUGAACCUUUUGGUUUGGCUCCAUACAUUCUUAAACGAAGGAAAUCCUUGAAAUCUGCCUUUGAGAUUAUCGACCGAACCCCUAAGAUUGACCCUGAUGACAACUCAGCCUUAAAGCCCGCAAAUGUUUACGGAAGCAUCGAAUUGAAAAACGUCAACUUUUGCUAUCCCACAUGGCCCGAGAUCUUGAUACUCAGCAAUUUUAGUCUUAAAGUAAAUGGGGGCCAAACUGUGGCAGUGGUUGGUGUUUCAGGGUCUGGAAAGAGCACCAUUAUAUCGUUGAUAGAGAGAUUCUAUGAUCCGGUUUCUGGUCAGAUUCUACUCGACGGUCGAGAUUUGAAAUCUUACAACUUGAGAUGGUUGAGAAACCACCUGGGCCUUGUUCAGCAGGAACCCAUCAUAUUCGCAACAACUAUAAGAGAAAAUAUCAUAUACGCAAGGCACAAUGCAAGUGAAGCUGAGAUGAAAGAAGCUGCAAGAAUAGCAAAUGCUCAUCAUUUUAUAAGCAGUUUGCCUCACGGUUAUGAUACUCAUGUCGGGAUGAGGGGUGUGGAUUUAACACCCGGCCAAAAGCAAAGGAUUGCAAUUGCUCGGGUUAUUCUAAAGAAUGCGCCUAUUUUGUUGUUGGAUGAACCUAGCUCAUCCAUUGAGUCCGAGUCGAGUCGGGAGCUCUAG